AUGCCUCGCUCCUUUUUGGUGAAGAGCAAGCGGGCUCACACUUAUCAUCAGCCGAGAACGCUGCUCGACCAAACAGGUCCGUGGAGUGAUGGUGGUUGGUGUCCUCCUACGCAACCGACCGACCUAUCGUGGAGUCUUCCCCCCGAGGAGGCUGCGCUGACCGGGGAAACGUCGUCUCUUCCCCCGGACUGCCUCGUCUUCGUUCCGGACGCGGUGGACUCCUCACCCAAAUCUCCGCCUAGCUGCGCGGGCAGCCCGCGCGCACCUUCGCCGGACUACGGGGGCUUCUGGAGGCCGCCUUCUCCGUCUGCUUCGCCGGUAGACUCGCUCAAAUCUUUCUCUCCUUUGGUGGACGACACGCCGGCCUUCUCGGUUCCCUUUCGGCCGUACGACUGGAGCGGCUACCAAGCCCCCGCCGCGCAGAACCUCUACCCCGUCCCGCCCCCUCUUGCGCACGGCUUCUACGCGGAGCGGGAUGCGGAGGUGCUCCGCCAGCAUCCGUCCGCGUACGCGCAGGAGACGCUGCAAACGUACGGGCGCCACGCCGCCUCGUUCCUCUUCCACGGCGCUCAGCACCGCGACGCCCCACCGGAUGUUCUAAUGCUGAACGGCGCCUACAAGUGUGUCAAGUGCAGCAAGGUGUUCUCCACGCCGCACGGCCUGGAGGUGCACGUCCGCAGGUCCCACAGCGGCAGCCGGCCCUUCGCGUGUACCGUCUGCAGCAAAACCUUCGGACACGCCGUCAGUCUGGAGCAGCACAAGGCUGUGCACUCGCAGGAACGAAGCUUCGACUGCAAGAUUUGCGGCAAGAGCUUCAAGCGCUCGUCCACGCUUUCCACGCACCUCCUGAUCCACUCGGACACUCGGCCCUACGCCUGCGCGUACUGCGGCAAGCGCUUCCACCAGAAGUCGGACAUGAAGAAACACACUUUCAUCCACACGGGCGAGAAGCCGCACAAGUGCCAGGUUUGCGGCAAAGCCUUCAGCCAGAGCUCCAACCUCAUCACGCACAGCCGCAAGCACAGCGGAUACAAGCCCUUCGCCUGCCACCUUUGCGGGAAAGGUUUCCAGAGGAAGGUGGACCUGCGCAGGCACAAGGACGCGCAGCACGGGCUCAAGUGA